AUGGUCAUCCGCCAUCUCGCAGUCGAGUCCGACAGGAGGUCGCUCGCUAGUCUCCUCCGCGUCAACAAAUACGUCUGCUCCGCCACGCAGCCCGUCAUGUACGCCGACCCAUUUUACCUGCGCCCUUUUUCGGCCUUCAGCAUGGAGACUCCGUUCAGUCUCAUAAGGCUCCUGUCGCUCAUCAAGUUACUUCUACUCAGUCUUCCCGAGGGCCAAGUAGUCACUGACCUGUUGCGCAUUGCAUACCUAUCUACUGCCUCCGCCUCCGCUGACGACAAGACAACUGAGCACCAGGAGCAGGAGGCACCACCUCUUAUUUCAGCAACAUUUGAGGUUCACUCCUUCUCUGCGGGCAUUUUUUUCACCCCACCAUUCCCUUCCUAUUCCGCCAUUCUGGACUACCUGGAGAAUAACGGACUUGCCGAGCGGUAUACUGCGAGGGAUGUCACAAGUCGUCUCAAACAUUACGAGCAACCCAGGAUCAUUCGCCAAGGCGUGAAACGAGACCUUCGCCGGGACCUGACAUGGGCGCUAUCUAUUGUCGGUCGUCUCCAAGUUCUGUCUAAUGUGACGUUACUGUUGGACAGCGAUCUCGAGCCUUUCUUGCUCUUUGGACAGCAGUUUGAGGAGGGCGAUCAGGAGGUUCUUGAACUGCAGCAGAGAGAGCGAGAGGAGCACAUGGAGGAGAUGAUCUUGUUUGUGCAGGAACAUCGUCAACGAUUCCCCAACACCCUUAACCAAGGUCAAUGUGUUACGGAUACGUUCACGAAGGAGGAGUGGCCCAAGGAGGUUCAUGAUCGCCUCCUCCAGUCUCUUCCACCAUUGUACAAGCCUCGGUUUAUCGACAAUACCAAUUGGGUGCAGUUUUUCGCCAGAGUAGAGGAUGUUGAUUUGUCCGCGGUCAAGUUUAUUAGGACACAGUUAAUCAAACCCGAGGAGCCGGUGUUUGAUCAAGUUAUUGAGCAGGUUGGGCCUUUCUUGCAUCGGUGCCGUGCACUUGAGGAUGUCCAGAUCAGCUCCUCUGGCGAGGAAGCGUUUCGAUGGGCUGUUGAUGAGCGCAAGCAGUUUGAGAGAGACAUUGAGGAUGGACGGACGACUCCUCGGCGACCGCUUGUCCCACUCCAUCAGCUCCAUGUCAGCUUUGACGACCACCCUUCUUCAGGUGGCCUCUUCGACGACAUCGUGUUUGCGUUUCAGGAGACAUUAGAGAAAAUUUUCAUCGGCAUCUGCGUGAGCGUGGAACAGAAUUCUACACAAUCGCUCGAGUUUUCGAUAGGCGACAACAACAACAACAACAACAACAACAACAACAAUUACUAUCAAUCUUAUUGGGAACUACCUCAACUAUCGCGGCUGGCUGUGGCAACCGGUCAUAUCUUCUUGCACGUCCACCCGAAGUUUCUGCAACGGUGUACUCAAGUGAUGCAUAUAUCUCUAGCCGACAUGCGGAGGGAGUAUUCGUUGGAUCAAGUGAAUCACUGGGAGCCGGCCAAGAUGCCGCGGUUGGAGUCGCUUACGCUUCAGGGAACGGCCGCGAUUUCGUUCCACCCGGAUACGCCCAAGUACGCGCUCGAACUGCAGAAACUACACCUUCAGAUGGUCCAGAAUGAGGAUGGCAUGACUUGUUUCAUCCCGCCUGCCGAAGAGUUGGACGCUAUUAUAGAAGGAGAGUCGACUAUUGAUAGAGGUGGUAGCGACAAUGUUGAUGAUGGCAUGACCCCAUCUUUAUUGGCACCGUUGGCGAGGCGACCAGUGUGGACGUGGGACUGGGAGUUGCCCAAGCUGACCGACAUGACAUUGACUGGAGAGCACGCGUACCGAUUCCAGUUCAGGAUGUUGGAUGGUACACCGAAUCUUAUCAAUUUCUCACUCGACAUUGUUUCCACAACAGCCCUUCACCAACGAACUAUCCAUCUUAAGGAUCUCAUCAAACCCGGAUCCCAACAACAACAACAACAACAACAAAAACAACAACAACAACAACAACAAAAACAACAACAACAACAACAUCAACAAACACAAGACGGUGAAGAGAUCUACGAGGAGCAACAGGACCUAGAGUACAUACUCGUCUCAACACUCAAACGACUCUCCCUCUACGGCUCUUGGCAAAUGACCACCCACAUCCUACAAACCCUCUUCAGCCGCGUCGCCCCCGAGAUUUCAAAUCUAACAAUGUCAUCCUGUCUCGGCCACGACUUCUCUGAAUGGGUAGAUGCGACGAAGCAAUACCUGCAUGGACUGGUCGCUGCAGAGUUGAAUAUGGAUGUUUCGGAGGAGGAGGAGAUGGCAGAUGCCGGGCUGGUGGAGGCGAUGAUGGAAGAAGGGAUUCUCGAGUUCCUCGGUUCCUUUGACGUUUCUGACUCUCAAGGCACCGUAGUAGCAUCUGCGGAGGAGGUUGACGAGGCACAGGAGGAGGAGGAGUUGUUGUUUUCGGUCCGUUGUCGUACUCGACCAACGCCUGGUACAGAUAGCUCUGGGGACGAGGAGGAGGAGAAGGCAGGAGAUGAAGGGGUGAUAGAUGCUUCAGCUCCACCGACAAAGAAAAUCUUCUCCGACCCAGUAUUGACGGAUUUGGCAGACAACACUAACGCAUAUGCAGCAUCAAAAGGAGCCGGCACAGGAGAGGGAUCGCGCCAAUGGGUAAAGACCACACCUGACGAACUGCGCACAUUCCUCGGCAUCAUUGUCUACAUGGGCGUGUUCAGGCAGAACUCUGUCUCUGAGUAUUGGUCAACCUUCCCUGAAUGUCCUCAACACAACAUCACUACCUUCAUGUCCCUCGUCCGCUUCGAACAACUGAAGCGUUUUUUUCAUGUCUCCAACCCCAACGAGCCUGAGCAACAUUGGUUCUCAAAAGUAGAGCCUCAGGCUUCAUCCGGCCCAGAGCGAGCAGCCGACGUCGAUGGCGCGGGCAUGUCUACUCACACAACAACAUCUACACGGCAGGCUUCAUCCAGCCCAAAACGAGCAGCCGACGUCGACGAUGCGGACACCGCCGACACUGCUUCCUCUAACAAACGCCUCCGACCCCUCCAAAUCAGCUCCGGGUCGUCGACUCUCGUUGAAGACAUGCAGCGAUUGCUGGCAACACAGUCAUCCCAGAUUCGGUUCGACGAGAGCGGCGCUCUGACCACAAUCUGCGCCCAGGAAAAGGUCAUUGAUUUUCGAUCUGUCGGAGCCGCAAUUGAGAAGAUUCUCUCCUCACGAUUGUCUAAGGACAUCACAAUGCUCCAUAUGGAUGGUCUACGAUCAAUGGAGAAGGAAUGGGCGCACGGCAAACGAGAUCAGGCGCUGUCCAAGCAGUUGGAAACACUUGAACGAGAUUACACGGAGGGCAAGCUGCACAACAAAAGACAGCUAUACAAACGCCUGAAGGCGUCGUACCGAGCACCACCGGAGGCAUUGCGCGCCGUUUCGGAAGUACUGCGUCAGAGUGGAUGGACGAUUUGCCAAUGUCUCAACCAAAGCGACACGUGCAUUGCGCGGACAGUCAACAACGCUGCCGUACCCGGAGAUAUCCGAGUUAUCACCAAGGACUCCGAUCUCAUGGCAUUCGAGUCAAUCAUGUCCGUCACCAUGCCAGUCAAGAACACUUGGACUACUUUCCACAAAGAUGAGCUUCUGAACGAGCAUGGCCUUCCGACCCCUGUACAUCUAACGCUUGCCGCUCUGGUAUCGAACAACGACUACACCAACGGAGUUUUUUCCUAUGGCUUGACAUCCAAUGUCGAUACGGUCCGUCAGUUCAAGAUGACAGGUCUUGAUGGAACGGUUGGCCAAGAUCGAGUGGAGGUGGUUCGGAUCUAUGUUAGGCGCUACCUUGACAUAAUACACCAAAAGGCCCGUACAAUCAAGGACUCAGCCACCCAAAGCGCACGUCGUCGACUGCGAUGCAAUCCUAACCCAACGGUGAAGGCACACGACAAGGAUCUGAGGAGGAUCGAAACGGCCGAUCGACAGCUGCGUGUAGAUGUGACAGAAUUCGGCCAUGCUCUCAAGACAUUCGGGGCGGCGACAGACGCAGAGGCAACGCCACCACCACUCCCAACGGCACCCAAGGCAGGAUCAGCACCAUAUCCGCAAGCUACAUCAGCGGGAUCACCUUCCAUCAGGCAGACGCAUGGCCCAGCCGAACAUCCACCAUCGCACAAGCAAAAGAUUAAAAAACAACGCCGACAUGGUUCACGUGCCCUCCAGCGGCGACGACAGAAGUGGCGUCGUUCCAGAUUCCGCUCGCGCACAGACGUGCAAGAUCGCUAUGUGCCGGACACUGUUUUCCUAGAAAAGGCCAGCCCUGUUGAUGUCGUGGAACUUUCAGGAUUGAAGCCGUCGACCCCCCGUCCUUCAAAGCCCAAGGAGCAAUCCCCCCGUAUCGACCAAGUGCCUGCCCCCGCUGCCAAGAAGAAAAAGAAAAAACUCCUUGGCGAACCUAAAGGAAUAGCUGGACCCAAGGCCUUGAAGAGAGCGUUCCAGUCUGUUUUCGCAACGGUCACGCUCACGACUGGAUCCCUGCAAGGCUGCCUAGGAAGAUCAACCAAUCUGUCGAAAGCAGAGGUUGCGCAGCUAACCCAACACGUGAGUUCGGCAGUCUCUACCGUCAAUAGCGCCAAACACAUUGUGUACAAGCUUAUCGAGAUGCGCAUUCUACAGCCGCUGAUCGAGACUGGACUGAACCAGGCAGAGGAUGGACCGGACGAGAGCUUCCUAGAGAAGAUCCUGGAUUCCGAUUGGGCGGAAAGGUUUGUCCAAAACCUACUGUCCUUCGUCUUGAGGAAUUCCAUUGUCCCCCAAGGACGUCCACCCGCGUCGGACAAGAGCAAGGAUGCUGUCGCUGAAGCAAUCUCGACGUUUAACGAGUUCAAGAAGACGCUGUGCCCAGGGUUCAAAGCCCUCAACUCAACGGAUCUGGCUUUGAGUAAUAUCAUCGCGGAACUUGCACCCAAGAUCUGCCUAGAUCAGAAACUGCAUUACAGGAGAAUACCGGAGACUCUUAGAACAAAGCUCUCCAAGCUGUCCAUUGAUUGCGAUGGUCUUCCUGAAAUAGAUCAAGAUGGCACCGACGCUGGUGGUGAUGCCGGGGCUGCUGACGUUAACGAGGGUGUGGACGACGACGACGCCCUCAAGCGAUCCAAGAAGAUCAUUUUCAAGCCGGGUCAUAUUCAACUCUGCUGGCGAUAUUUCCUCCUCUUACCAUCAUCCAAGCGGCCCCGGUUCUGCACCCAGGCCAAAAUGAGCGAUUCCUUCAUCGACAUCAACGAGGAAGCGUUGGUUGCGCUUCUCUGGGGAGAGAAGGCAGUUCAGUUGGACAACGUAUGGGAGGACACCCGCUACACUCACAACUGGGCAGCGGCAAAACAGCGUUCUUCGUACGGAGAGGUGAUCAAAGAACUAUUCAUCGGUGACCGAGAUGUCAUCAAGGAAGCCAGGAAUAAGCAGCAGACGACAUACGGGAAGAGGACAACAACCAUGGCUGAGCGUGAGGAGGCCCAUCCACACAUCUACGGACAGUUAGAGCUCGCACGGUAUUUGACGAAUAAGGUCAAUUUUUUCCGAGAACGGCACAACGCCUCCCUCACGGCCCCGACACCACCGUUGCCAUCAUCAACGCCAUCGUCAUCGACGACCUCCACCCCACCGCCUCUUCCCACCCCACGUCAGCAGCCGCGUUCUUACCGCUACGCCCUCAACAACUAUAUCAGGACGGAUGGCCACCAGCUGCAGAUUCUCGCGUAUGACCUUACAAAACCCCGCCAAUCCCCAAAUUACAGUGAGUUUCUUUCUAGGAUCGAGAAGCUUUAUCCAACGCGGCAGCAUCUUAUCGACGCGUUUGGCGACGACCUGGAUUCAGUCAUUGUCGUCGGUAUUGAUCCCGGAGAGGUAGUGAGUGGUGCAUUUUGUUUGACACUUCCCGGUGGAAAAGUCAUCAAUCUGCUGAUCAAGAGGGCCUCCCUAUACCAGCCUACUCUGGCCUUCCGAGAUUGGGAACAGCAUUGGAAAAGGCGACACCCAACAGCUGGUCCAGGCGAUGUUGUCGACUCAUCCCUUUGGACACGGAUUACCGACCUGGACAAGCUCACCACUCUCCCGUCUGUCCACGACCUAGAGAAUUCUCUCCCCUCAACGAACUACGACACCUCGUUGGAUGCUUUGACGGCAGCUCACAAGAAGUACUACGAGCAGGAACCGCUGAUCCACGGGAUUUACGCGUCAAGAGAAUGGAAGGUAGCGGUUCACGAGCACAGAAUGGCGAAAAUGUCGGAGUUGGAUCUGGCCGUCGCUGGCGUUUUGCGGAUGGUGGAUGAGGCAUGUGAGGGCGUACCCAGUGCUGCGCUCGGAUACAAGGCUGCCCUGGUCGACGAGUAUCUUACUUCCACCAUGUGUCCAACAUGUGUGGUUGAGAACCGAGCCACCCGCCUCGCCAAGCCGUCGAUGAGGACAUGCGCCUGUGUUGAGUGCACUCGGUGGAUUCACCGAGAUGGAGUGGGGGCGCACAACAUCGCUUUGAUCGGAGAACAGUACCUCAAGUCUCUAGGACGGCCCGAGCCCCUUGCAAGACCCCCCAAACAAACCUAA